UUUUUCAGCAGUACCCAGUUUCUAAAAUCCUUCACAUUUUCCUUUUCUUCAGAAAAAAAAAGGGAAUUUUUUUUCAAGCUGUCAUUGUCUGAAGGAAAAAAUUGCACCACCCCAGAUCAAAAUCAAGCCUUGACAAGCAGUUUUUGUGGCAGUUUUGAGACAGCUUUGUAACUGAUCAGUUUAAGUUUAAGGUUGCAAAAAGUGGGUAGAAGAGACUUUGUGGAAAGAGUUAAAGGGAAAAAGGAAUUGAAUUUUAAGGAAUUGCAGUUAAUUUGGUAGAAAAAUGAGAGAUUUUCCAUCUUGUUUUGGUGAAAAUGGAGUGCAAGUGGCUGAUUCUUCAUCAUCAAAUGCUAGUAAAAAUGCACAGAAUUUAGUUACUUGUGUUUAUCAAUGUCGAAUUCGCGGUAGGUCUUGCUUAAUAACUGUUACUUGGAGCAAGAAUUUGAUGGGCCAAUGCUUAAGCGUAGGAAUUGAUGAUUCUGCAAAUCAUUGUCUUUGUAAGGUUGAUAUAAAGCCCUGGUUGUUCUCUAAGAGAAAAGGGUCUAAGAGUUUAGAAGCAUAUUCUUGUAAAAUAGACAUAUAUUGGGACCUUUCUUUGGCUAAAUUUGGAUCUGGACCUGAACCUUUGGAGGGGUUUUAUGUUGGUGUUGUUGCUAAUAAGCAAAUGGUUUUGCUUCUCGGGGACAUGAGGAAAGAAGCUUAUAAGAAGACUGGUGCAACUCCUAUUCCUUCCACCGCGGUUUUUGUGGCCAAGAAGGAGCAUGUUUUUGGCAAGAGGGUAUUUGGUACCAAGGCACAGUUUUGUGAUAAUGGUCAAGUUCAUGAUCUGAUAAUUGAAUGUGACACGAUUGGUGUGACCGAUCCUUGCCUUAUAAUUCGCGUGGAUGGAAAGACUUUGAUGCAAGUGAAGCGGCUACGGUGGAAGUUCAGAGGAAACUAUAGCAUUUUGGUUGAUGGAAUGACUGUAGAAAUUUACUGGGAUGUCCAUAAUUGGCUCUUUGGAACAUCACUUGGAAAUGCUGUUUUUAUGUUCAAGACAUUCCUCCCAGCAGAAGAGAAGUUGUGGGUUAGCCAACCCAUUCCUAAUCCAAGCACGUUGCAAUGGUCUUUCUCGCAGAGAUUUCAUGAUUCCAAGUCAGAAAAUCUUGGCUUUUCACUGAUUUUGUAUGCUUGGAAGAAUGAGUAGACAUAUUGUGAAAUUAUUCUAAAAUCUCAAGUGCUAACAAAAGCUUUUAGUGAGUUGUGAUUUUUUCCCCCUUGAGUUACUUGAGCUAUUAAUGGAUCAAAGACAAUUUUUUCGUUCUUAGUCAGCUGUAUAUCGUUGAUACAUUAGUUU